AUGGCCUGCGCCAUAGGAGGUUGUUUUUUGGGAAUUUAUAUUUCGACCCCCCAGCUGCGGCCAGUUGAGGCCGACCCAGCCGACACAAGUUCGACUGGGGAGUUGACUGUGGGGGCUGACGGCAGCACUUUGCUGCUGUUUGGAACUUUAGUUUUUACUUUUAGGGUUUUGAACUUUUCAUCUUUUUCUCUUUCUUUCAAAGUCGAGGGUUUUGACAUUUACUAUUACCCCAUUGGGGCUUCUCGCCAGUGCCUCCUUUACCACGGAGGCACUCUUCUUGACAGCAGCAACCCGGCUCUGAGCCGCCGCGAGAAGUUCGGGAUGCCCACAAACCACCCCUGGGUUUAUUUUUCCGAGCCUGACAAUGAGGUGAUGGUGCGUCCGGCGGAGUCUCAGGAAGGGUCUGUGGGGGUUUUGUCGCUGCCUGCUCGUUUGGGUCUGCGAAUAGACCCUAAUGCUGCUACUGCUGCUGCUGCUGGCGCUGCUGCUGCUGCUGCUGCUGCAGCGCAGCACCAGCAACUGCUGCAGCAGCUCAAGGCGCUCGCGGACGACUGCGCAGCCUACGGGGUUUUGCUGCUGGGGGUUGAAAUCACUGACGCCAAAACCCUUUCUUUUAUUGCCAAGGUCCAAAACCCCGGACCUCUUCAAAUAAUUCAAGCAAUUAAAUGCAAAGUGACUUCCGAAGCUAAAACAGCGCUUGCUGCAGUCACUCGUUCCUACACUUCCGAGAUUCUCCAGGGGCUCAAAAACCAGCCCGAGCUAUUCCAAACCCCCUAA